CAUCUGUUCGACCAACGCCAGUUAAUCUGGAACACCGGUCGGUGGUUCGAUGAGGAUCAGCUAUAAUGGGACAUUUACCGAGGAGGAGGAUGAUGAUGAUCGUGCUGCUCUUACUCGUUUCCCAGCGUGCCUCAGGGGUGGAGGUGUAUGAGGGGGGUUGAGUCUGUCCUGCUGCCCUGUCAGGUACCAGCUGAUGUUUCCAGGAGCUCCACAUCAGCAGUGUGGGACUGUGAGGAGUUCAGGAACCCAACAGUUCACCUGCGUCUACAGAGCAAUGACGAUCUUAGUGGUCAAAACGAUCGUUACACCAACCGAACAUCAAUGUUCACCGACGCUCUGCAGACUGGAGACCUCAGCCUCACUCUGAGGAACCCCAUAGUCUCUGACAGUGGAACCUACUGCUGUAUCGCCCUCAGGUUUGGAGACAGGCUUUGCCAGACUGAAGUACAGCUGAAGGUCUCAGUACCUCCUCCAGUGUGGCCCAAAGUCCUCUCAGCUGUGCUGCUGGGUACUCUGAUCAUCCUGGCUGCUGCCUUUGGUCUGUUUGUGUGCCGUGCAUAUGUAAGGAUGGAGAAGAGAAGUGAAGCUCUGCAACAAGAGGUGGUGGAGGCACCACAGGGGGAGGAGUCUGUCCUUCUACCCUUUAAACCCACAGCUGACCUUCCUCAGGACGUCACAGUGGAGUGGACACACAACAACAGGAAGGUCCACGUGUAUGAGAGUGGAAACAAUCAGCCAGAUAAACAGGACCAGGGUUACAGAGGUCGCACAGAGAUGAAGGAAGAUCCACUGAGAACUAAAGACCUCAGUCUGACCCUGAAACACCUCCACCUCACUGACAGUGGAGUCUACACCUGCACCAUCAAGAAGGAUGGACACAUGCUGCUACAGAAAUCAGUGGCUCUCAGUGUCACAGUUCCUCAGCCAGAGAAGAUGGAGGUAGCAGGGGUCAGGACUGUCCAGCUGCCCUUUAAAACCACAGCUGAUCUUCCUCAAGAUGUCACAGUGGAGUGGAGACACUCUGACUAUAACUACAUGAAGGUCCACGUGAAUGAACGUGGAAAAAAUAAGCCAGAUAAACAGGACCAGGGUUACAGAGGUCACACAAAUAUGAAGAAAAAGGAAAUAAAAAAUAAAGACCUCAGUCUGACCCUGAAAGACCUCCACCUCACUGACAGUGGAGUCUACACCUGCACCGUCUACAACAAGGAUGGACACAUGCUGCUACAGAAAUCAGUGACUCUCUAUUUUAAAGAUGCAGAGAUGCAGAUGGUGGUUACACAAGGGCUAAAGUUUGUAAUGCUGCCCUUUAAAAUACCACAUGACCUUCCCCACGACGUCACAGUGGAGUGGAAACACAACUAUGUGACAGUCUACAAGUACAUAGAUGUAAAUGUUGACUCGCAGCACCAGGAUUACAGAGGUCGCACAGAAAUGAAUAAAGAUGCACUGAAAACUAAAGACCUCACUCUGGAGCCAAAGAUUGUAAAGGUGACAGAGGGGGAGGAGUCUGUCCUGCUGGUGUUCAAAACCACAGCUGACCUUCCUCAGGACGUCACAGUCGAGUGGACACACAACAACAUGCAGGUCCACGUGUAUGAGAGUGGAAACAAUCAGCCAGAUAAACAGAACCAGAGUUACAGAGGUCGCACUGAGAUGAAGAAAGACCCACUGAACACUAAAGACCUCAGCAGUGGAGUGUACAGCGAGCACAGUCUGACCAGGAACACAGGAACAGGAACCAUGAAGACGUUCCUCUGA